ACGACGCACAAUAGCAACACCUGCUAGCAGCCAUGUCUGACAAUGGCGAUGACGAGGGAAUGACAUAUAAUGAUGAGCCACAAUUCGACGACGAACAGCAAGUAGAUGAAGACUUCAACGACGAUGCAGAUGCGAAUGAAGCUGGCGUAGGCGGCACAACCGGCGACAUGGAGGUCAUUGCACCGACAGGCGGUGCUGGCCAAGUCAAUGGUACAGGCAACGCUAAAAAGAAUAGCAAAGCGCGCGCUGUUGCGAAAGCCGAUCGUCAAACCACACCAUACAUGACAAAGUAUGAAAAAGCACGAAUCCUCGGUACACGGGCUCUGCAAAUCAGUAUGAAUGCGCCAGUGCUUGUUGCUCUCGAAGGAGAGACAGAUCCGUUGGUGAUUGCGCAGAAGGAGCUCAGUGCAAAGAAGAUUCCACUGCUCAUCCGACGAUUCCUGCCGGAUGGCAGCUAUGAAGACUGGUCGGUGCAAGAACUGAUCGUCUCAUAAUAUGCUGUUUCCCUAGACAUGAGUUGUACAUUUUGAUUUCAAGCGUUGCAUCUACUCUCUGAGCUCGCCUUCCU